CUAUCGAGUAUCCGGCGUGAGGUAUCGUUUUGGCAAAGGAGUUGAAGCUGAUGCAAUUUUACGCAUAUAUUUCCGAGAUAUAAGGCGAGUUUACCAGUAAAAUCGUAGUCACAAAGCAAAUAAGAUGCCAGCCGAUCAAAUGGCAGAGUUAACCUUGGGUGCUAUCUUCACGUCGGAGAAGAAGGGCAGCGAUGAGUCGGGCGAUGGCAGUGAAUCUAAGCCGUUUAAGACCAUUCUGCAGGCGAUGCGUCACGCUGGCAAGGAGCCAUUUCCCACCAUUUACGUGGACAGCAAGGAUCCCAAUGCUGCGGAGCCCUACGAGCCGGCUGCCAAAUCCCAGCUGAAGAAGAUCCAGAAACUCUUCGUUCGCGAAUCCCACAAGAAUGCCGAAAAGCAGCAGCGCGAGGCCGACGAUGCGGAGAAACGCCAACAAAAUCUGGAUGAAGCACGCAAGAUAAAGAUCUCGGAGGAUUCCAGUCUGCCGGCGGCCCGAAAAAUUCGCAUUUUCGAGGGCACCUCCAGCCGGGAUUCUCGCGUCAAGAUCUACGGCUGGGUGCAUCGCCUGAGGCGUCAGGGUAAAUCCCUGAUCUUCAUCACCCUGCGCGAUGGCACCGGUUUCCUGCAGUGUGUCCUCAACGAUCAGCUCUGCCAGACCUACGAUGCCCUCACCCUGAGCACGGAGAGCUCUGUGGUGCUGUUCGGCACGCUAAAGUUGGUUCCUGAGGGCAAAACCGCACCUGGUGGCCACGAGCUCAACGUGGACUACUGGGAACUGAUUGGUCUGGCUCCGCCCGGCGGUGCCGAUGCCAUUCUCAACGAGGAAGCCCAACCGGAUGUGCAGCUGGACAACCGGCACAUCAUGAUUCGUGGCGAGAACACCUCAAAGGUGCUCAAGAUGCGUUCCGUGGUCGCACAGGCUUUCCGUGCGCAUUACGAGUCACGUGGCUACAACGAGGUGACGCCACCGACUCUAGUGCAGACCCAGGUGGAGGGUGGCUCCACGCUCUUCAAGCUGAAGUACUUUGGCGAGGAGGCGUACCUUACCCAGAGUUCGCAGCUCUAUCUGGAGACCUGCCUGCCGGCUUUGGGCGAUGUCUUUACCAUUUCACAGAGUUAUCGGGCCGAGCAGAGUCGCACACGUCGCCAUUUGGCUGAAUAUUCUCACGUCGAGGCCGAGUGUCCAUUCAUCACGUUCGAUGAGCUCCUGGAUCGACUGGAGGAUCUGGUCUGCGAUGUGGUGGAUCGUGUUUUGAAGUCCCCCUGGGGCUAUUUGGUCAAGGAGCUUAACCCCGAUUUCAAGCCGCCGCAGAAGCCAUUCCGUCGCAUGAACUACGUGGAUGCGAUCAAGUGGCUGAAGGAGAACAACGUGACCAAGGACGAUGGCACGUUUUACGAGUUUGGCGAGGAUAUUCCCGAGGCUCCGGAGCGCAAGAUGACCGACACCAUCAACGAACCAAUUAUGCUCUGCCGUUUCCCGGCGGAAAUCAAGUCCUUCUAUAUGCAGCGCUGCAAGGAGGAUCAGCGUUUGACCGAAAGCGUGGACGUGCUGCUGCCAAAUGUGGGCGAAAUUGUGGGUGGAUCGAUGAGGAUCUACGACAGCGAGGAGCUGCUCAAGGGUUACGCACGCGAGGGUAUUGAUCCCACGCCCUACUACUGGUACACGGACCAGCGCCUCUACGGUACGAUGCCCCAUGGCGGCUAUGGUUUGGGACUGGAGCGCUUCCUCUGCUGGCUGCUCAACCGCUACCACAUCCGCGAGGUGUGUCUGUAUCCCCGUUUCCUUGACAGAUGCAAGCCCUAAGCAGUGGAAUACCAGUUUUUCCAUCAGCCAGCAUUUAAAACAAAAUUUAACAACAUCUUGCGACACUUAAUUGUAGCUUCUGCUAUUGAGAAAUGAAAUUUAUUACACUUAUCUGUAUAACUAACCAUGAAUAAAGGCCGCGCCUAUGCUUCAUUUAAA